AUAACUUUGACUCCCUGAUCAUCAUUACACCCAAAAAGGCAAGGAAUUUGCAAUUGUCAAAACACAAACAUAGGUACUCACUUAAUAUUUUAUUAUACAUUCUUCCGCAACAACAAAAACAAUGAGCACCAACAGCGGCCCCCAACCCACCGAAACCCCCACCCGCCCCGACAUGCAGGACCUGCACUGCUACACCGAGACCAACGGCGUCAUCACGACGACCAUGUUCGACGUGCCGGGCUACCGCGUGGUGCGGGUGCUGGGCGUCGUCUACGGCCUGACGGUGCGCUCGCGCAACUGGGCCACCGGCACCGGCAUGGUGCUCAAGUCCGUCAUCGGCGGCGAGCUCCGGGGCUUCACCACGCUGCUGUACAGCGCCCGCAACGACGCCAUCGGCCGCCUCGUCGCCGAGACCCAGAGCCGCGGCGGCAACGCCGUCGUCGCCAUGCACUUUGAGAGCGGCGAGCUCGGCGGCUUCUCGCAGGUCUGCGCCUAUGGCACCGCCGCCGUCGUCGAGAAGAUCGACCCGGCCGUCGAGGUGCAUCCGCAGCUGGCCGAGGCGUCGCGCUGAAGGAUGUGGAUGUGUUUUUUUUCUCUUCUGUACAACAAGGCUUGAGAUGAUGGAAAUGGCUUCUGAUAUACCUUUCGACCUGUCUGCUUUCACGUUCUUCUUGUUUAGUUGUUCAAUGUUUGCACCGCAACUAGAUUAAUUAGCAGAGCGUUAAUGUAUGCAAUCUAAACUGA